AUGAACGGACACAUUUCAAAUGGCGUUUCUAAGGAAACCAAGGUAAAAAAAAAUUUAUGAUGGCCUUAGAUAAAGAGAUAGUAUUGCAGAUUGUAGUUAAUUCUCCUAACGUUAGCAACGACGGGAACAAACUCGAAUCCCGCUUUUUAUACCGAAAGAACCACUUUGAACAUCGCGAUGGCCAGCUUCACGUCACUCCCAAGGAGCACGAGUAUGUGUUCCGCACCGAGCUUAAGCCGAAGAAGACUGGUCAGUUGAGCCUAAACUUAGUUAGAACACAACAGUCGAGUCUCAGGAUUGCUUCUGGUGGGCCUCGGAGGAAACAACGGUUCUACGGCUGUCGGUUCCAUCUACGCCAACCAACACAACAUGAAUUGGCGCACGAAGGAAGGUGCCCUUAAAGCAAACUAUUUCGGGUAAACUAGGAAAACGCAACAAAUUUGAAACAAGUCUUCAGUUCGGUGACGCAAUCGGCAACUGUACAUUUGGGAUGGGACGGUGAGAAGCAAAUCCACGUUCCUUUCAAAGAUAUCGUUCCCAUUCUGAGUCCCUCAGAUUUGAUCAUCAGUGGGUGGGACAUCAACAACGCAAACUUGUACCAAGCUAUGGUUCGCGCAAAGGUUAGAGAUUCAGAAAAGAUGAGCUCUCAAAGUUGAUACUUCUCCAGGUUUUCGAGCCAGAACUGCAAGAAAAACUGAGAACCUACAUGGAAGGAAUAGUUCCACUGCCUUCCGUCUACUAUCCCGACUUCAUCGCCGCUAACCAAGGAGAUAGAGCAAACAAUGUGAUCCCAGGCAAAAACAAGAGCGCACAUUUGGAGCAUAUUCGGAAAGAUAUCCGGGAAUUCAAAGAAAAACACGAUCUUGGUAAUUUUCUCCUCAGAUUUUGAAAACAACUUAUUCAGAAUGCGUGAUCGUGCUGUGGACCGCCAACACAGAACGAUACACGGACGUGCGUUCUGGACUGAACAGUACGAGUGCUGAAGUUCUCAACUCGAUCAAAAACAACGAAGAAGAGGUUUUCGAAGUCCACGGACUUGUCUGAACCUAUUUUCUGUCAGAUAUCUCCAUCUAACUUGUUUGCUGUGGCGUCGAUUCUCGAAGGAGCUCACUACAUAAACGGCUCGCCGCAGAACACACUCGUACCAGGAAUAAUCCAACUAGCAAGCGAGGUAGCGAAAAAUAGGAUAUUGCUCCUAAAAAACUAUUUAGCAUGGUGUGUUUGUCGGAGGAGACGACUUCAAGUCAGGCCAGACGAAGUUCAAAUCAGCGUUAGUAGAUUUCCUGGUGAGCAGUGGACUCAAACCAGAAUCGAUCGUCUCCUACAACCAUCUUGGAAACAACGACGGAAAGAACCUUAGCGAAGCUCGACAGUUCCGUUCCAAAGAGAUUUCCAAGUCAUCUGUAGUGGAUGACAUGGUACAGUCCAAUCCAAUACUUUAUCCGGAUGGCAAGAACCCUGACCACUGCAUCGUCAUCAAAUACGUUCCUUUUGUGGCGGACUCAAAGCGCGCGAUGGACGAGUACAUCUGCAGGUGAGCGUCAGAAAAAGCUCGGCGAGGAAAGAAACUUUUCAGCAUCUUCAUGGGCGGACGUCAGACGUUUGUCGUGCACAACACUUGCGAAGACUCGCUGCUCGCGUCGCCGCUCAUCUACGAUCUUGCGAUUCUGACAGAACUCGCCAGCCGCGUCUCCUACUCCUCGACCAGCAGCGGCACCUUCGAGAAGUUCCAUCCGGUCUUGUCUCUUCUCUCGCUGUUGCUCAAGGCGCCAGUUGUGCCGGCAGGAACCCCCGUGAGCAACGCUUUCAUGAGACAGUUCUCCGCCCUCACGAAGCUCGUGACGACUUUGAGAGGGAUCAGCAGCGACACCGACAUGCAGAUCGAGUUCUUCACGCAGUUGCCGCAUAAGAAAUUCUGA